AUGUCAGGUAAACAGAUCGUUGUUGCGUUUGACAUCUACGGGACCAUCCUCUCCAUCGACUCGAUUGCCCGAGAGCUGGAGCAGCAUUUUGGACGGACUACGGCUGCUUGCAUUGCAACAUCAUGGAGACAGUACCAGCUGGAGUAUACUUGGAAACUGAACAGCCUGGGGCGCUUUGAGUCCUUUGUUGAUGUUACCCGGAAUGCUCUCCUGCAUGCCCUUGCCGAAAGCGGGGCAAAUAUUGGAGAACAGGACAUCAACAACUUGAUGACAGCCUACGACAGUAUGUGCACUUUUGACGAUGUAAACCCAGCGCUGAGCCAACUGGCCUCGACCCCCGCCAUCACACCCGUGAUCUUUUCCAACGGAAGCACGUCGAUGGUGUCGGGCACGGUAUUUUGUUCCAAAGAGCUCUCGCCUCAUUCGGCAUUCUUCCAAGACAUCAUCACGGUCGAGGAUGUCAAGCAAUAUAAACCGGCACCGGCCGUCUAUAAACACCUGGCAGACAAGGUCGGCAAAGACUCGUCACAGUGGAGGGAGAUCUGUGUGGUCACGACCAAUACGUUCGAAGUGAUCGGGGCGCGCAACGUGGGCAUGAACGCGAUAUGGGUUGAUCGUCGAGGCACAGGAUGGAUAGACAGGACCGUGCCGGAUAUCGAACCGACGGAAACGAUAAAUAGCCUGAACCAGCUCGGAAAGGUGAUCAAUUCUCUUUAUGAUAUUAAAUUUUAA